AUGGCGUUUACCAAGAGGAACACAGGCGUGGUGUGCUUGGCCGCCCUCAUGGUGGUGAUGGCCACUGUGAUGCUGUUCUGUGAUGCCGAAUCAGAUAUCUGCUUUGAUAUCCCCGGACCAUGCGUGCAGUCGUUAUGCAAGGAAGCAUGUGCCAAAAACAAUACCCCAAAUAGACCCCGCUGCCAGCCCGUGACUGAUGAAUGCUGUUGCGACAUGGCCGCACGGCCCGAGGUCGCCGACGACGUCGUCCGUCAUGCUUGA